GGCUUUCUAUUGGUCAUCCUGUUGUCAGUUUUAUCUUCCAGCUCUGAAUACCGCACGACCGGGGAGGCGUGAGGAGCGAUAACGAACUGUAAGCGGGGUCAGUCGCUGGUGGAGACAGGGAAGGAGACUGAGGAGAACGCUCUCUGCUAUGCUGGGCUCUGGUCAGAAUGGGUGAGCCUCAGACCUACGUGAAGCUCAGUGAAGAGAAACUUAUACCAAAGUCUGACAUCUUGUCACUGCUUAGGACCUACAACUGUUACCACGAAGGGAAAAACUUUCAGCUGAGGACUCGUGAGGAGGAUGGAGAGUUCAUCCUCGAGGGGUUGCUGAACAUCUACUGGGGUCUACGCCGGCCAAUCCGACUUCAGAUGUACGACGACAAUGAACGAUUCCGUCUCAACCGAAACAAUAGAGCUGCUGUGGAAAAGCAGUUAUCAGUGGAGUCUAACAAUAAUUCACAGACAGACAGAGAAACUGGACCAGCUAGUGGUGACAUUGGUGGUCAGGAAGAAGAGGAUUCUCCACAACUGCUGAGGACCAGGAGUGAUGCUUCCUUCAUGCAGGUUCAGAGGAGGUCAAAGACACACACUGCCAGAGACCUGCAACGCUUGCGCGCACACAGGUUCUCAAUCAACGGACACUUCUACAACCACAAGACAUCAGUAUUUACUCCAGCCUACGGUUCGGUCACUAAUGUACGAGUAAACAGCUCCAUGACGACCGAACAAGUCCUCAACCUGCUGCUACACAAGUUUAGGGUUGAGAAUAAAUCUGAAGAGUUUGUCCUAUAUAUGGUGCACGAGUCGGGAGAGAGGACCCGGCUUAAGGAUGGUGAAUACCCAUUGGUGGCUCGUGUGCUUUACGGACCCUGUGAGAAAAUCUCCAAGAUCCUCAUCACAGAGGCUGACCUGGGAGAGGAAGUCACGUAUGAUGUUGCCCAAUACAUAAAGUUUGAGAUUCCUGUUUUAGACAGCUUUGUAGAGAAACUUAAAGAGGAAGAGGAACGUGAAAUAAACAAACUAACUAAGAAGUACAGUGCUCUGAGGUCUAUGAUUCAACACCAGCUCGAAGGCAGAGAUCACACCAGUGACAGAGUAAAAACAUUACUGAGAUAGGUGCAAGUUAUAUCCACGGUCCAUCUGAGGAGAACCCACUGUUUUGUCUGGCUCGAGACUAUGGCCUCCUGGAUCCAGAGGCCCUCACUCCAGAGAACCAGGCCAUUGACGUG